AACUUUUGAAAUGCUGCCUUGUCCAGUUGCUCCUCCUCUCCAUGAUGCAGCAAUGAAUGAGCAGUCAGUCCCCUGUCAUAUAACAGUCCCAAGCAGAGGGGGGCCGGCACCCCCAUCGCCUUUCGCUAACCCUUCAGCUACAUUUCCCUAGGAAGUCACCAGGAGAACCGAGAAGCCCCAUUCUCUGCCAGGUUGGUGCGUUUCAUGCCUCAGCAGUAUGGCAGAAGGUGCCGAUGGAGAGGAAGAGAUUCAGUUCUUACGCACUGACGAUCAUGUGGUUCUGCAGAGCACGGCCUCCAUUCUGAAAGAGCAGAUCAAACUCUGCCUUUCAUGCGAAGGAUUUGGGAAUCGUCUGUGUUUCCUGGAGACGACAUCCAACGCUCAGAAUGUCCCACCCGACCUGGCCAUCUGCUGCUUCAUACUGGAGCAGUCCUUAUCCGUGCGAGCGCUACAGGAGAUGCUGUCCAACACUUCUGUGGAUGAGGCUGUUGAUUUGGAUAAAUGGUCGUCACAAGGUGGGGGCCAUCGAACUCUGCUCUACGGACAUGCCAUCCUCUUGAAACACACACAUUCGAGCAUGUACUUGAGCUGUUUGACAACGUCGCGCUCGCUGACAGACAAGCUGGCGUUUGAUGUGGGCUUGCAGGAAGACUCCACGGGAGAGGCCUGCUGGUGGACCAUUCACCCGGCCUCCAAGCAAAGAUCUGAAGGCGAGAAAGUCCGAGUGGGAGAUGACCUCAUUCUCGUCAGUGUUUCUUCCGAGCGAUAUCUGCAUCUGUCAUACGCCAGCGGUGACUUGAUGGUCGACGCUUCCUUCAUGCAAACCUUGUGGACCAUGACCCCUGUGAUGUCGGGUUGUGAACUAGCUGAAGGCUUUCUGACCGGAGGGUAUGUGAUCAGGCUUUUCCACGGUCACAUGGAUGAGUGUUUGGCCAUCCCGGCGGCCGACCAAGGGGAUGACCAGCGCAGAGUCGCUCACUAUGAAGGAGGGGCGAUAUGCAGCCACGCUCGGUCCUUGUGGCGACUUGAGCCACUUCGUAUCGCGUGGAGUGGGGGUCACAUUAAAUGGGGCCAAUCAUUCAGAAUACGUCACAUAACAACAGGACGGUACCUUCUUCUGGAUGAGGAAAAGGGCCUUCUAUUGGUUGACCCCGAGAAGGCCAAUUCAAAAAUGGCGGCCUUCUGCUUCAGAAUUUCCAAGGAAAAAAUCGAAGUCGCCCAGAAGCGCGAUGUGGAAGGCAUGGGCAUUCCGGAAAUCAAGUACGGAGAGUCAAUGUGCUUUGUACAACAUGCCUCAUCCGGUCUCUGGCUCACAUAUGCAGCUGUUGAUGCGAAGUCCGCCCGUUUGGGUCCCCUAAAGAGAAAGGCCAUUCUCCAUAAAGAAGGUCACAUGGAUGAUGCACUGACAGUCGCGCGCUCUCAGACUGAAGAGUCUCAAGCCGCUAGAAUGAUUUACAGCACCACGGGCCUCUUCAACCAAUUCAUCAAAGGUCUCGACGCCUUGAAUGGGAAAAGCAAAUCGGCAAACCCGCAUAAUCUGCCAAUGGACACGGUGGUGCUGUCGCUUCAGGACUUGAUUUUUUACUUCCGCCCGCCGGAGGAAGAGCUGGAGCAUGAGGAUAAACAGUUCAAACUUCGUUCCCUCAAGAACAGACAAAACCUUUUUCAAGAGGAGGGGAUGAUCACUCUCGUUCUGGACUGUGUCGAUCGGUUGAAUGUCUACAACACGGCCGCACACUUCUCCGAAUACGCUGGGGAAGAAGCUGCCGAGUCGUGGAAGGAGAUAGUAAAUUUACUGUACGAGUUGCUAGCGUCGCUCAUCCGAGGUAAUCGUUCAAACUGCGCGCUGUUCUGCGAUAACCUCGACUGGCUGGUCAGUAAAUUGGAUCGUUUGGAGGCCUCUUCAGGAAUCCUGGAGGUGUUGUAUUGCGUUCUGAUUGAGAGCCCAGAGGUGUUGAACAUCAUCCAAGAAAAUCACAUCAAAUCCAUCAUUUCUUUGCUGGAUAAACACGGACGCAAUCACAAAGUCUUGGAUGUGCUCUGCUCUCUAUGCGUGUGCAACGGUGUGGCCGUAAGGUCAAACCAGAACCUGAUUACGGAGAAUCUGCUCCCGGGUCGUGACCUUUUACUUCAAACCAACAUUAUUAAUUAUGUCACCAGCAUGAGGCCCAAUAUCUUCCUCGGGACAUGUGAGGGGUCCACGCAGUAUAAAAAGUGGUAUUUUGAAGUGAUGGUGGACCACGUGGAGCCGUUCCUCACUGCCCAGCCGUAUCACCUGCGUGUGGGCUGGGCUCUGACCGAGGGAUUUAGUCCGUACCCCGGUGGAGGCGAGGGCUGGGGGGGCAACGGGGUUGGGGAUGAUCUCUACUCGUAUGGUUUUGAUGGACUUCACCUCUGGUCAGGACGUGUCCCGCGUCAUGUCGCCACGCCCAAUCAGCACAUUCUGGCAGCAGAGGAUGUCAUCAGCUGCUGUUUGGACCUCAACGUGCCCAGUAUUUCCUUCCGCAUCAAUGGUCAUCCUGUCCAGGGCAUGUUUGAGAAUUUCAAUCUGGAUGGCCUCUUCUUUCCUGUUGUCAGCUUCUCCGCGGGCGUAAAGUUACGAUUUCUUCUCGGAGGUCGUCAUGGCGAUUUCAAGUUCCUUCCGCCACCGGGCUACGCUCCGUGUUACGAGGCCGUGCUGCCCAGGGAUCGUUUGCGCAUUGAGCCCAUUAAGGAGUACAAGCAUGACUUUGAUGGUAUCCGUAACCUGCUGGGUCCAACUCAGUCCCUGUCGCACACAGCUUUCACUCCUUGCCCUGUGGACACUAUACAGAUUGUGCUUCCUCCCCAUUUGGAACGUAUUCGUGAGAAGCUAGCAGAGAAUAGUCACGAGUUAUGGGCUGUGACUCGCAUUGAGCAAGGGUGGACCUAUGGAGCAUUUCGCGAUGACAACAAGAAGCUCCACCCUUGCCUGGUUGAUUUCCAAAGUCUGCCGGAACCUGAGAAAAACUACAACUUAGCAAUGUCAGGCGAGACUCUCAAGACUUUGCUGGCACUGGGGUGUCACGUAGGAAUGGGAGAUGAGAAAGCAGAGGAGAAUCUGAAAAGAACCAAGCUUCCCAAAACUUACAUGCAGAGCAGUGGAUAUAAACCCGCUCCUCUGGACCUCAAUCAUGUCAAGCUGACUCCGAAUCAGAACACUCUCGUGGAGAGACUGGCGGAAAAUGGACACAAUGUUUGGGCCAGAGACCGAGUUCGCCAAGGCUGGACAUAUAGUAUUGUGCAGGAUAUCAUGAACAAGCGCAAUCCUCGUCUUGUCCCUUACAACCUACUGGAUGAAAAGACCAAAAAGACCAACCGAGAUACAGUUUGCGCAGCAGUUCGUACCCUGAUCGGAUAUGGUUACAACAUUGAACCCCCUGACCAGGAGAGCAGUGGGCCCGGAGCAGGCAGCACCCGUGGAGAUAAGAUCCGAGUGUUUAGAGCGGAGAAGUCGUAUGGCGUCACACAGGGCAAGUGGUACUUUGAAUUUGAGGCCGUGACAGUCGGAGAGAUGAGGGUCGGCUGGGCCCGCCCCAGCGUUCGAGCCGACACCGAACUCGGCGCAGAUGAGUUGGCGUACGUCUUCAAUGGCUUCAAGGCGCAACGAUGGCACGUGGGAAACGAGUCAUUCGGUCGGCAGUGGCAAUCGGGCGACGUGGUGGGUUGCAUGAUUGAUCUCACAGAGAUGAACAUCAUGUUCACACUUAAUGGAGAGAUGUUGAUCAGUGACUCGGGCUCUGAGAUGGCGUUUAAGGACAUUGACAUUGGAGAAGGCUUCAUACCUGUUUGCAGUCUUGGCCUGUCCCAGGUGGGCCGGAUCAACUUGGGUCAGAACGUCAGCAGCCUCCGCUACUUUACGAUAUGUGGACUGCAGGAGGGUUUCGAACCUUUUGCCAUCAACAUGAAAAGAGACAUCACAAUGUGGUUCAGCAAGAGCCUUCCUCAAUAUAUUCCCGUACCAGCUGAUCAUCCUCACAUUGAGGUGUCUCGCGUUGAUGGGACGGUGGAAACUGCUCCUUGUCUCAAGGUAACCCACAAGACAUUUGGAUCCCAAAACGCCAACACGGAUUUGCUGUUCUUAAGGCUCAGCCUGCCGGUCGAAUUCCACGAGACUUUCAAAGUCCCCGCAGGGACCACGCUCCUCACUCGCACCCUCACCAUCCCUGAAGAUGAGGUGGUGGAGGUGGACCCCGACUCUGACUUUGAAAUACUCAAGAAGUCGGCCAGUCGAAAAGAGCAGGAAGAGGAGAAGAAAGAACCCUCGGUGCCGAAGGAGAUACCCGCCCUGAAAAACGGAGAGAACGAGAAGGACGCCUCAACUGAGAAGAGCAAGAAAAGGGGAUUCCUUUUCAAGGCCAAGAAGGCUGCAUUAAUAACCCCUGCACCUGUCGUUCCCACCGUGCCGCGCUUAGUGGAAGACGUGGUGCCAGAUGACAGGGAUGACAUGGACAUAAUCCUCAACACCACCACAUACUACUAUUCUGUGCGAGUGUUUGCGGGCCAGGAACCAAGCUGCGUGUGGGUGGGUUGGAUCACCCCCGACUAUCACCAGUACGAUCCGCAUUUUGAUCUCGGCAAAGUCAGGAACGUAACGGUUACUGUAGGUGACGAUAAAGGCAACAUCCACGAUAGUAUAAAACGCAGCAACUGCUACAUGGUAUGGGGAGGGGAGUUCAGCAGCUCCCAGCAGACCCGUGUGAGCCAGGAAGACUUUGUGAUUGGCUGCCUUAUAGAUUUGGACACAGGACUCAUGACCUUUACUGCUAACGGGAAAGAAAUCAACACCUUCUACCAGGUGGAGCCCAAUACUAAACUAUUCCCAGCAGUCUUUGUCCUGCCUUCUAGCCAGAAUAUGAUUCAAAUUGAGCUUGGCAAACUCAAGAACAUUAUGCCCAUCUCGGCCGCCAUGUUCCGGAGCGAACGCAAGAACCCGGUGCCCCAGUGCCCUCCCAGACUGGAUGUCCAAAUGUUAACCCCCGUCAUCUGGAGCCGGAUGCCCAACCACUUUCUCGCUCCGGAGACGGGACGCAUUAGCGAGAGACUGGGCUGGCUUGUUCAGUGUCAGGAGCCACUCACCAUGAUGGCCCUCCAUAUUCCGGAAGAGAACAGGUGCAUCGACAUCCUUGAGCUAUCGGAACGAAUGGACCUGCUGAAGUUCCACUACCACACUCUGAAGUUGUACGGCUCAGUGUGUGCCCUAGGGAACAACCGUGUGGCUCACGCUCUGUGCAGCCAUGUGGAUGAAUCCCAGCUCUUCUACGCCAUAGAGAACACCUACCUCCCUGGACCCAUGAGGAGCGGCUUCUACGACCUUCUUAUUAGCAUGCACCUCGAGUCUGCAAAGAGGAACCGGCUCGGAACCAACAAGGAAUUCAUAGUUCCAAUGUCCGACGAAACACGCAGUAUCACCUUGUACUCUGUCAGGUCACAUGCUCUACCCGGCGUUGGACUCACCACAUGUCUGCGCCCCAAGCUCCAUUUUUCCUCCACUGGAUUUGUCGGAACAGAUCCAGACAUCUACACGUUGAGUCCGGUAGUUCCCUUGCAGGUGCUUAAGACCAAAGCGCUAACCAUGCUCAUUGAGGCUGUGCAAGACGGAGGUCAAGCCAUGAGAGAUCCCGUCGGGGGUAGUGUUGAGUUCCACUUUGUUCCAAUCCUGAAGCUCAUCAGCACCCUCCUCAUUAUGGGCGUGUUUGACGACGAAGACGUCACCCACAUCCUGAAGAUGAUCGAGCCGACGGUCUUCAGCGGCAAGAAGCCGGAGGAGCCCGUCGAGGAGGCCGUUAAAGUGAAGGAAGAGAAGGAACCCAAAGCGCAGAAACUUUCGGUGGAGAAAGAUGAGGAGCAGGGAGAGGUGCUGGAAGAAGAGGAGGAGGAGUUUGAUGAUGACGGUCUCGGAGAAGAAGAGGAGGAGCUGGAGAUGGACGAGGAGGAAGAAGAACUGGAGGUGGCAGAAUCUAUCGUUGAACUUGAAGAAAUGGCUGAUGUGACUGAGCCAGUAAAUGGAGAGAAAGGAGCCCAAGAAACAGAGAAAGAGAUCAAAUCCUGUGAGGCCAGCGGCGAGGCUAAAGAGGAACACUUGGAGCAAGGAAUGUUCCAGAUGAAGCUACCAGAGUCUGUCAAACUACAGAUGUGCACUCUGCUGCAAUAUUUCUGCGACUGCGAACUUCGACACAGGGUCGAAGCCAUCAUCGCAUUUUCAGACAAGCUGGUCAGCCAGAUACAAUCCAACCAGAGGCAGCGCUACAACGAACUCAUGUUGGCCUUCACCAUGAGCGCUGCCGAGACCGCGCGCAAGACCCGUGAAUUCCGCUCGCCACCACAAGAGCAGGUCAACAUGCUCAUGAACUUCAAGAACUGUGCAGAAGAUGAAGAUUGCCCAGUUCCAGAUGACGUCCGCGAGGCUCUGCAAGCGUUUCACAAUGUUCUGCUGGGCCAUUGUGGCGUUCAUAUCGAGGAAGAGGAGGAAGAAGAAGUGGUGGAUUAUUCUGUGCGUGGACGACUGCUCCGUUUAGUGGAAAGGGUAAAGAAGAUCCGUCAGAAGAAGGUGGAGGAGGAGCCGGAGCCAGAGGAAGAUAAAAAACCAAGCACACUGCAAGAACUCAUUUCGCAUUCCACAAUCCACUGGGCCCAAGAGUCUUUUAUCCAGAACCCGGAGCUUGUUCGUAUGAUGUUCAGCCUCCUCCACAGACAGUAUGACGGGCUGGGGGAACUCGUACGCGCCCUUCCCAAGGCCUACACCAUCAAUGCAGUCUCUAUUCAGGAUACGAUGAAUCUGCUUGAGUGUUUAGGACAGAUACGCUCCCUGCUUAUCGUCCAGAUGGGUCCGGAAGAAGAGAGGCUAAUGAUCCAAAGCAUUGGGAAUAUUAUGAGCAACAAAGUUUUCUAUCAGCACCCAAACCUAAUGAGAGCCCUGGGCAUGCACGAAACCGUCAUGGAAGUCAUGGUGAACGUACUGGGCGGCGGAGAUUCCAAGGAGAUCAGAUUCCCCCGGGUGGUGACAAACUGUUGUCGCUUCUUGUGCUAUUUCUGUCGCAUCAGUCGCCAGAACCAGCGCUCCAUGUUUGAUCAUCUCAGCUAUCUGCUGCAGAACAGCGGAAUCGGCCUCGGAAUGCGGGGCUCCACCCCCUUGGAUGUCGCGGCAGCUUCCUGCAUUGACAACAACGAGCUGGCGUUGGCUCUGCAAGAACAAGACCUCGAGAUGGUGGUGAAGUAUCUGGCUGGAUGUGGGCUACAGAGCUGUCCAAUGCUCCUCUCCAAGGGCUACCCUGACAUCGGCUGGAAUCCAUGUGGCGGAGAGAAAUAUCUUGAUUUUCUUCGCUUUGCUGUUUUUGUCAAUGGAGAGAGCGUGGAGGAGAAUGCCAACGUAGUGGUGCGCCUCCUCAUCCGUAGGCCCGAAUGCUUUGGUCCGGCCCUCAGAGGGGAAGGUGGGAAUGGUCUCCUGGCUGCCAUUGAAGAGGCCAUCAAAAUAUCCGAGGAUCCUGCCCGGGAUGGGCCGAGUGUCAAGAAAGACAGACGUUUUCCCAUGUUUGGUGGAGAGGAACAGCAUGAAGAGAACAGGGUGCACCUGGGAAACGCCGUGAUGUCAUUCUACUCAGCACUUAUUGACUUGCUGGGACGUUGUGCCCCAGAAAUGCAUCUGAUCCAGGCUGGAAAGGGCGAGGCUCUGAGGAUCCGAGCCAUCCUUAGGUCUCUGGUCCCGCUUGAGGAUUUGGUUGGAGUCAUCAGCCUUCCGGUUCAGAUUCCCUCUUUUGGAAAAGACAACAGCAUCGUAGAACCAAAGAUGUCAGCCAGUUUUGUGCCCGAUCACAAAGCUCCGAUGGUUCUGUUCCUGGACAGAGUGUACGGUAUUGAUAAUCAGGAUUUCCUGCUCCACGUGCUGGAGGUGGGCUUCUUGCCUGACAUGAGGGCUGCCGCCUCCCUCGACACGGCUGCCUUCGGUACUACCGAGAUGGCGCUAGCGUUAAAUCGUUACCUGUGCUCUGCUGUGCUGCCACUCAUCACCAAAUGUGCCCCGCUCUUCGCUGGCAGCGAUCACCGCGCCAUAAUGAUUGAUUCCAUGUUGCACACAAUCUACCGGCUGUCUCGCGGACGAGCCUUCACAAAGGCCCAAAGAGAUAUCAUUGAGGAAUGCCUUAUGGCUUUGUGCAAGCAUCUUCGCCCAUCCAUGCUUCAGCAUCUGUUACGGCGACUGGUUUUUGACGUUCCCAUUCUCAAUGAGUUUGCCAAAAUGCCACUCAAACUGUUGACCAAUCACUAUGAGCGUUGCUGGAAGUAUUACUGCCUCCCUAAUGGCUGGGCCAACUUUGGAGUGGCAUCAGAGGAAGAGCUCCACCUGACCCGCAAGCUUUUUUGGGGCAUAUUUGAGUCUCUCGCACACAAGAAAUUUGAUGCAGAGAUUUUCAAAAUCUCAAUGCCAUGCAUCUGUGCCAUCGCCGGUGCCAUUCCCCCGGACUAUGUAGACGCUAGCUAUUCUUCUAAGACUGAAAAGAAAGCUUCAGUGGACGCGGAGGGAAACUUUGAUCCAAAACCAGUGGAGACUACAAACACAAUCAUCCCCGAAAGAUUGGAUGCCUUCAUGAACAAAUAUGCUGAAUAUACUCAUGAUAAGUGGGCCUUUGAAAAGAUCCAGAAUAACUGGUCUUACGGCGAGGUCCUGGAUGAAAAUGCAAAAACCCAUCCUAUGCUGAGACCAUACAAGACCUUCUCUGAGAAGGAUAAGGAGAUCUACCGCUGGCCCAUCAAAGAGUCUGUCAAAGCAAUGCUCGCUUGGGAGUGGACCAUAGACAAAGCGAGAGAGGAGGAAGAGUCAGAGAAGAAGAAGGCAGCAUCACGAAAAAUUUCUCAGACAGCUCAGGCGACCUACGACCCAAGUCAUGGUUACAGUCCGCAGCCCAUUGACAUCACUCACAUGGCUCUCUCAAGAGACCUGCAGUCGAUGGCUGAGCAGCUGGCCGAAAAUUAUCAUAACACUUGGGGCAGGAAGAAGAAGCUGGAGCUUCAAGCUAAAGGAGGUGGAACACAUCCUCUCCUGGUGCCAUACGACACCCUGACGGCCAAAGAAAAAGCUCGAGACAGAGAGAAAGCCUAUGAGCUGCUUAAAUUUCUGCAGCUGAAUGGAUAUGCUGUCACAAGGGGCCUGAAAGAUAUGGAAUCUGACAUUUCAUCCAUUGAGAAAAGAUUUGCUUAUGGCUUCCUGCAGAAACUGUUGAAAUGGAUGGAAAUUGCCCAGGAGUUUAUUGCUCAUCUCGAGGCAGUAGUAAGCAGUGGACGAGUGGAAAAGUCUCCCCAUGAACAGGAAAUCAAAUUCUUUGCAAAGAUCCUGAUGCCUUUGAUCAACCAGUAUUUCAAAAACCACUGCCUUUACUUUUUGUCCACGCCUGCCAAAGUCCUGGGUAGUGGUGGCCAUUCAUCCAAUAAGGAGAAGGAAAUGAUUGCAAGUAUCUUCUGUAAAAUGUCCGCUCUGGUGAGACACAGAGUUUCGCUCUUUGGAACGGACGCGUCAGCUAUUGUUAACUGUCUUCACAUCCUGGCCCGGUCUUUGGAUGCGAGGACUGUGAUGAAGUCCGGUCCUGAGAUCGUUAAAGCAGGAUUGCGGUCAUUUUUUGAGAGUGCUGCUGAUGAUAUCGAAAAGAUGGUGGAAAACCUUAAACUGGGCAAAGUAUCUAAAGGCAAUCAGCAAGUGAAAGGCGUGUCCCAGAACAUUAAUUACACAACCAUUGCCCUACUCCCAGUCCUCACUUCCCUGUUUGAUCACAUCGCCCAACAUCUAUUUGGAGACGAUGUCAUGUUGGAUGACUUGCAGAUGUCAUGCUAUCGCAUCAUGUGUAGCAUUUACUCCCUUGGGACAGUCAAGAAUCCACAUGUUGAGAGACAGAGGCCGGCUCUCGGCGAGUGUUUGGCUCACCUGGCAGCGGCUAUGCCGGUGGCUUACUUGGAGCCGCAUCUAAAUGAAUUCAACGCUUUCUCCGUGUAUACCACAAAAACCCCGAGAGAAAGAGCCAUAUUGGGCCUCCCCAGUGAAGUCCAGGAGCUAUGUCCAGAUAUCCCAGAGCUAGAUUCUCUUCUGAAGGAGAUCGGGGACUUGGCGGAGUCGGGCGCUCGCUAUACAGAGAUGCCUCAUGUGAUAGAGAUCACUUUGCCCAUGCUCUGUAACUACCUGCCUCGCUGGUGGGAACGAGGACUGGAGAACUUCCCUGAGAUGGAAAACCAGCUCUGCACAGCAGUCACAUCAGAACACCUCAAUCAGUUGCUGGGCAGCAUCAUGAAAAUUGUGGUCAACAACCUUGGGAUAGACGAAGCCUCCUGGAUGAAGAGGUUGGCCGUGUUUUCGCAGCCCAUCGUUAGCCGAGCGAAACCAGAGAUGCUCAAAUCCCAUUUCAUCCCAACAAUGGAGAAGCUAAAAAAGCGAACAUCCAAAGUGGUGGCCGAGGAAGACCAUCUGCGAAUGGAGGGCAAAUCAGAAGGUGACGAGGAAGAUGGCACUAUAAAGGAUGAGUUUGCCGUCCUCUGCCGAGACCUUUACGCGCUGUACCCGCUCCUCAUUCGCUAUGUGGACAACAACAGAGCAAGAUGGCUUACCUGCCCAGACCCAGAUGCUGAGGAGCUUUUCCGCAUGGUCGGAGAGGUCUUCAUAUUCUGGUCGAAAUCUCACAACUUCAAGCGAGAGGAGCAGAACUUUGUGGUGAUGAAUGAGAUCAAUAACAUGUCAUUCCUCACCGCUGACAGCAAGAGCAAAAUGAGUAAGGGCGGGGACUCAGAGGGCGGAGGCUCGGAUGCGGAGCGUACUAAGAAGAAAAAACGGGGCGACCGCUACUCAGUGCAGACUUCACUCAUCGUGGCCGCUUUAAAAAAGAUGCUCCCCAUUGGCCUCAACAUGUGCUCCCCUGCCGACCAGGAGCUGAUCAAUUUGGCCAAGAUUCGAUACUCUUUGAGAGAUACCGACGAAGAAGUGAGAGAGUUCCUGCACAAUAAUCUCCACCUGCAGGGAAAGGUCGACAAUCCGUCCAUGCGAUGGCAGAUGGCCCUCUACAAGGAAACGGCGGGAAAGGCCGAGGAUGCCGAUGCGCCAGAGAAAGUGGUCAAGAGAGUGCAGGAGGUCUCCGCCGUCCUCUAUCACCUUGAAGUGACGGAGCAUCCAUUUAAAUCCAAAAAGAUGGUGUGGCAUAAAUUGCUAUCCAAGCAGAGACGCAGGGCUGUUGUUGCAUGCUUCAGGAUGACGCCUUUGUACAACAUACCAAGGCACAGAGCUUCCAACAUGUUCCUUGAGGGAUACAAGCGCAACUGGCUUCACACCGAGGGUUACGCGUUUGAAGACAGAAUGAUAGAUGACUUGUCUAAAGCGAUGGAGCAGGAAGAAGGAGACGAAGAGGAGGAGAAAGAAACAAAGCCGGAUCCCCUCCACCAACUUAUUCUGCAUUUUAGUCGCACUGCUCUCACAGAAAAGAGUAAACUAGACACAGAUCAUCUUUAUAUGGCAUAUGCAGAUAUUAUGGCAAAAAGUUGCCAUAUUGGUGAGGAAGAAGAAGGGGGAGAGGAAAUGGUGGAAGAGGCUGAGGAUGAGAUGUCCUUUGAGGUGCGACAGUCAGAACUGGAGAAAGAAAUGGAGAAACAACGACUCCUUUACCAACAGUCCAGGCUUCACAACCGUGGAGCUGCAGAGAUGGUCCUGCAGAUGAUCAGCGCCUGCAAAGGCGAGACGGGCCCGAUGGUGUCGACGACCCUCAAACUUGGUAUCUCCAUUCUCAAUGGUGGAAAUAGUGAGGUUCAACGGAAAAUGCUGGAGUACCUGAGGGAUAAAAAGGAUGUUGGUUUCUUUUUGAGUGUCCAAGCCUUGAUGCAAACAUGCAGUGUCCUGGACCUGAAUGCUUUUGAGAGGCAGAACAAAGCCGAGGGUCUGGGCAUGGUCUCAGAGGAGGGUACCAAUGAGAAGGUCAUGGCGGACGACGAGUUCACCUGUGACCUCUUCCGCUUCUUGCAGCUGCUCUGCGAGGGUCACAAUAACGACUUUCAGAACUACUUAAGGACGCAGAUAGGAAGCACAACAACCAUUAACAUCAUCAUCUGUACAGUCGAUUACCUGCUCAGGCUGCAGGAAUCAAUCAGUGACUUCUACUGGUAUUACUCUGGCAAGGAUAUUAUCGAUGAGCCAGGAAAGAAAAAUUUCUCUAAAGCAAUGACAGUCGCCAAACAGAUUUUUAACAGUCUAACUGAAUAUAUUCAGGGCCCGUGCACGGGUAACCAGCAGUCCCUGGCCCACAGCAGGCUGUGGGAUGCCAUCGUGGGCUUCCUCCACGUCUUUGCUCACAUGAUGAUGAAACUGGCUCAGGAUUCGAGUCAGAUCGGUCUGCUCAAGGAGCUUCUGGACCUGCAGAAAGACAUGGUGGUCAUGUUGCUUUCGCUGUUGGAGGGGAACGUGGUGAAUGGCACCAUCGCCCGUCAGAUGGUGGACAUGUUAGUGGAAUCAUCCAGCAACGUGGAGAUGAUCUUAAAGUUCUUUGACAUGUUCCUCAAAUUGAAAGACAUCGUGGCUUCCGAUGCCUUCCGAGAUUACAUCACAGACCCGCGAGGGCUAAUCUCCAAGAAGGACUUCCAGAAGGCCAUGGACACCCAGAAGCAGUACACCCCUUCGGAGAUCCAGUUCCUUCUGUCUUGCUCGGAAGCGGAUGAAAACGAUAUGAUCAACUAUGAGGAAUACGCCAGUCGCUUCCAGGAGCCCGCCAAGGACAUUGGCUUCAACAUCGCCGUGCUGCUCACCAACCUGUCCGAGCACGUUCCUCACGACACCCGGCUGCAGAACUUCCUGGAACAAGCCGAGAGCGUGCUCAAUUACUUCCGCCCCUUCCUGGGCCGUAUUGAGAUCAUGGGCGCCAGUCGCAAGAUCGAACGCAUCUACUUUGAGAUCAGCGAGGUCAACCGCAGGCAAUGGGAGAUGCCUCAGGUCCGAGAGUCCAAGCGACAGUUCAUCUUCGACGUCGUCAACGAGGGCGGCGAGUCGGAGAAGAUGGAGAUGUUUGUCAACUUCUGCGAGGACACCAUCUUUGAGAUGAAUAUCGCCUCGCAGAUUUCCGAGCAGGAGGAAGAGGAAAAGGGCGAGGAGGAGGAUGAGCUCGAGGAAGCCGCGGGGGAAGGAGGAGCGGGAGCGGCCAUCGGAGCGGGAGAAGAGGACGCCAACGGCGAGGAGGCGCCGCCGGAGUCCAGCUCGGCCUUUGCCGACUUUAUAAACAGCACGUUGAGCUUCUUCAGCAUUUUCACCUUCCGUAAUCUCCGACGGCAAUAUCGGCGAGUGAGGAAGAUGACCCUGAAAGAGAUCGUGGUCGCCCUGUCCACCUUCUUCUGGGCGGUCCUGAUGAGCAUCCUGCACUUCUUCUACAACGUGUGCAAAGGCUUCUUUAUGAUCAUCUGGCACGCCCUGUUUGGAGGCGGCUUAGUGGAAGGAGCUAAAAAUAUCACGGUGACGGAGAUUUUGGCGAGCAUGCCCGAUCCGACGCAGGACGAUGUGCACGGCGAUGGACCCGGGGAACCCGGGAUAGGUGAGGAGCAAGACACGGGCGGGGUUACGGACACUGGAGACACCGGGAGUGGGGAAGAGGAGGAGGAGGAUACCCAGGAGAAGGAAGGCGGAAGGGUACCGGGUAUCGAUGCCCCUGGUGGUCUUGGUGACAUGGGGGUCGAGGCCCCCGUCGAGCCACCAACACCUGAAGGGACACCUAUCACCAAGAGGAAAAUGCAGCCAGAAGAGGCCGAUGCCAGCCAGAAGCCUCCGGAGCCAGCACCCGUUGAAGAAGCGGCCCCGGAACCAGAGAAGGCCGAUGUUGAAAACGGCGAGAAAGCAGAGAGAGAAUCCGAGAGUCACGCCAAAGUGGAUGCCGAUGAACCGAAGAAAUCCGCAGUGAAAAAAGAAAAGAAGCCCAAGAAGGGAGGCGGAUUCCAAAUCUGGACCGAGCUGGAAACGCAGAGAAAUAAAUUCAUGAACUACCUUUCCAGAAACUUCUACAACCUGCGCUUUCUGGCACUGUUCCUCGCCUUUGCGUUGAACUUCAUUCUGCUCUUCUACAAGGUAUCCGACAGCCCCCCUGAGGGCGAAGACGUGGAAGGAUCCGGGCUGGCGGAAGGAAGUGGUUUCUUCGAAGGCUCCGCUCUCUUUGAGGGUUCCGGAGAUGAGGGUGACGCUUCCGGAAUGAGCGACGGGGAUGAGGAUGAGGAAGAUGUGCCCCUCUAUUACUAUUUAGAGGAGAGCACCGGCUACAUGCAGCCCACGCUGUCCUUCCUCGCCAUUGUCCACACCCUCAUCUCCUUCAUCUGCAUCAUCGGCUACAACUGCCUCAAAAUUCCGCUGGUGAUCUUCAAACGGGAGAAAGAACUCGCAAGAAAGCUGGAGUUUGACGGCCUCUACAUCACGGAGCAGCCGGAGGACGAAGACAUCAAGGGCCAGUGGGAUCGACUGGUCCUGAAUACGCCCUCUUUCCCCAACAACUACUGGGAUAAGUUUGUGAAACGAAAGGUUCUGGAUAAAUACGGAGAUAUUUACGGACGGGAAAGAAUCGCUGAACUUCUGGGCGUGGACUUGGCGUCUUUGGAUGUGAGUCAGCAGCACGAAAAGAAACAAGAGGAAUCGGACACCUCGACAUUCGCGUGGGCUACCGCCAUCGACAUCAAGUUCCAGAUCUGGAAAUUUGGCGUUGUGUUCACAGACGGCACCUUCCUCUACUUGUGUUGGUACCUGAUUAUGUCCCUGCUUGGCCACUACAACAACUUCUUCUUCGCCUGCCAUCUGCUGGACAUCGCCAUGGGCGUCAAGACCCUCCGCACCAUUCUCUCCUCUGUUACCCACAACGGAAAACAGCUGAUGAUGACCGUGGGCCUGCUUGCGGUGGUGGUGUACCUGUACACGGUGGUGGCUUUCAACUUCUUCCGCAAGUUCUACAACAAGAGCGAAGACGAGGACGAACCCGAUAUGAAAUGCGACGACAUGAUGACGUGCUACCUGUUCCACAUGUAUGUGGGCGUACGUGCUGGCGGAGGCAUCGGAGAUGAGAUUGAGGAUCCCGCCGGAGAUGAAUAUGAGUUAUACCGAGUGGUCUUUGACAUCACUUUCUUCUUCUUUGUCAUCGUCAUCCUGCUGGCCAUCAUCCAGGGUUUGAUCAUUGACGCAUUCGGAGAGCUGCGAGAUCAGCAAGAGCAGGUUAAAGAAGACAUGGAGACCAAAUGCUUCAUUUGCGGCAUCGGGAGUGAUUACUUCGAUACAACGCCGCAUGGAUUUGAGACUCACACGCUGGAUGAGCACAACUUGGCCAAUUACAUGUUCUUCUUAAUGUAUCUCAUCAACAAAGAUGAGACCGAGCACACGGGACAGGAGUCAUAUGUGUGGAAAAUGUACCAAGAGCGAUGCUGGGACUUCUUUCCCGCUGGGGACUGCUUCCGAAAGCAAUAUGAAGAUCAGCUUUCUUAGUCUUGAACUACAACGCUUUGAGAAUUUCUUUUUUGUGUUGUAGACUAUUUCAAUUUUUUUUUUUUUUUGUAAUUACAAAUAUGCACCACAUCAAUUCAAGCAGUUCGGGUAAUUUUGUGUCGCUGUAAGACACUAUUGGUCUGUUUGUUGAAUCGGUUUCUAUAGGAAAGUGCAUCACAGUGUGAACUUCAGGCGA